GAGUCCAGCAGCUGCUGGUUGGGGCUUCGGUGACUUCCUUGUUGUGAGCCCCAGCCCAGCAGUGUCCGGAAUCGUAGUCCCGCACUGCUUACCGGACCGGUAGCCAGAGUCUAGGUCGCAGCCGAAACCCCAGCCCGUUGGUUACCCUUUCAUUUCAGGUCCUUCCCCCGCACGCCCCCGCGCUCCGUAAAAUGCCCAACCCCAGCAGUACCUCCUCUCCCUGUUCCCUCCCCGAGGAAGUUAAGAACCUGUUGGCAGAUGUUGAAACAUUUGUGGCAGACAUACUGAGAGGGGAAAAUUUAUCCAAGAAAGCAAAGGAAAAAAGAGAAUCUCUUAUUAAGAAGAUAAAAGAUGUAAAGUCUACCUAUCUUCAGGAAUUUCAAGACAAAGGUGAGGCAGAAGAUGGGGAAGAAUAUGAAGAUCCUUUUUCUGGGCCUGCAGACACUAUUUCAUUAGCCUCAGACAAAUAUGAUAAAGAUGACGAAGCCCCCUCGGACGGAAACCAGUUUCCGCCAAUUGCAGCACAAGACCUGCCUUUUGUUUUAAAGGCUGGCUACCUGGAAAAACGCAGGAAAGAUCACAGCUUUCUGGGAUUUGAAUGGCAAAAACGGUGGUGUGCUCUCAGUAAAGGAGUAUUCUACUAUUACGGAAGUGACAAAGACAAGCAGCAGAAAGGCGAAUUUGCGAUUGAUGGCUACAACGUCAGGAUGAACAGCACUCUCAGGAAGGAUGCAAAGAAGGAUUGCUGUUUUGAAAUCUCCGCUCCUGAUAAACGUGUCUAUCAGUUCACAGCAGCUUCUCCCAAAGAUGCCGAAGAAUGGGUACAACAGCUGAAAUUUGUAUUACAAGAUAUGGGAUCUGAUAUUAUUCCUGAGGAGGAGGAUGAAAGAGAAGAAUUAUAUGAUGAUGUUGACCAUCCUCUACCAACCAGCAGCUCACCAGCCAGCACUCAGCCAAUUGAUGAUGAAAUUUAUGAAGAACUUCCAGAGGAGGAAGAGGACGGCGCUCCCAGGAAGGUGGAGGAACAAAGGAAGAUGAGUCAGGACAGUGCUCAUCACACCACAGGGGAUAAAAGCACUGACUACGCCAAUUUUUACCAGGGUUUGUGGGACUGCACAGGUGCUGUUUCUGAUGAGUUAUCAUUUAAACGUGGUGAUGUGAUUUACAUUCUUAGCAAGGAAUACAAUAGAUAUGGCUGGUGGGUAGGAGAAAUGAAGGGAGCCAUUGGCUUGGUGCCGAAAGCCUACAUAAUGGAGAUGUAUGAUAUUUGAGAGUCCUGGGAGAGGAAUAUUCUCCUGCUGCCGCAAAUGCUUUGGAUUCAGAACCCCGUGAAAGCCCGAGUGACAGCUCAUAGCCUUCCCUUGUUUUGUUGAGCAUCACGCAUCUUCGUUAUUUUAUGCAUUCAUUAUAACAGCCCUCUGAUGUGAAACUAAAUGAAGGAUACUAAUGCAAAUUAGAUACAAGCAGGAAAGUUAUACCUGUUGCUAUUUUGCAAAGAAAUAAUUGUAGUUUUUACUUACUUGUUUGACUUGUGUGGAGAAUUCAGCACUAUUUUAUAUGUUCUAUAUAGUCACUGCUACUUCUGAUAUAAGUUGCAAUUUCAAUAUUGGACACCAGUUAUUUUUGUAUACUGUACUAUAUAAUUCCAUUGAAAUUUAAAUUGAACAUGUUAUGCAAGUUUUGGAUAGAUGGUACAUAAAGAAUAAGGCUUUAUUAAAACUUUUAGAUGAUUUAUCUUAGUGUUUAUUUUUCACACAAUAGUAACAUGGUUUCAGGAAAGAAUGCUUACUAAUUGGCAAAUUACCUUACAUUAAGAAUAGCCACAGGAAAGAAGCGAGGAUAGGUUGCCAGCCGCAGUGCGCCGUCACCGUCCAGGACACACACGCAGGCCAGAGCUGUGCUGUGUGCGAAGCCCUGUGUUAGUAACACCCUGGCGAGACAACGCGCUUGCCGACAUUUCCCGCCGUGAGAAAGCCCGUUCCCCACCAGUAUAAAUACUCUCAGUGCACUCCAGAAGUAAGAAGGUGUGACCCCUCGCUCUCUUUCAUCCUGUCUGAUCACGGCUAAGCUUCUAAAGUCCCACAGCAAAACAGUGCAACUCCAGACGUGAGUCUUUUCUGCACACCUCCGAGCAGCGAAGAAGACAGAGGGCUCCAAGUGGAGCGUGCGGGAACCACAGUGGGCACACACAGCAGCAGGCGUGGAAGGGCGGCGUCGGCCCGGCACUGGAGGGAAGAAUGUGCUCUGAGGCCUGAGCAAGAUCUGCAGAAUCGGAUCAUUACCUUUUCAUGUAUAUUUGAACUCAAAGGCAUUUUAAGUGUCUAUAAAGAACCAGCCUGGCCUUAAUAUAUGCAUCAGAAGGUACUGCCGCAUGGAUAAUUAUUUGGAGCAUAUCUAAUCUCCUUACAUUGAAUUGUUGAUUAGUACAUACUACCUUUGUUGAAUUUUUCAGAUCUUUGCUUUCGUAAAGAUAAAGGUUCUGACCUCCCACAGAAGCUGA